AUGGGAACAGAGAAUGACACACUGCUGACAGAAUUCAUUCUCACAGGACUCAGUCACCACCCACCAUGGAAAAUCCCCCUAUUUCUGAUGUUCUUAAUGAUCUAUCUCAUCACCAUUGUGGGGAACGUUGGUCUUAUUAUUCUCGUCUGGAGUGACCCUCGACUUCACAUCCCCAUGUACUUAUUUCUUGGGUGUUUAGCAGUUGUCGAUACUUUGUUAUCGUCCACAGUGACACCCAAGUUGCUUCUCACCUUAAUAGCUAAGAGUAAAGUGAUCUCUCUCUCUGAAUGCAUGAUACAGUUUUUUUCAUUUGUAAUGUGUGCAACCAUGGAAUGUUUUCUCUUGGCAGCGAUGGCCUAUGAUCGCUAUGCAGCCAUCUGCAAGCCUUUGCUCUACCCAGUGAUCAUGACAAAUAGACUGUGUGUAUGUCUGCUCAUCUUGAUCUUUGUAAUUGGAAUUCUUCAUGCUUCAAUUCAUGAAGGCAUGUUAUUCAGAUUAACGUUCUGUAAUUCCAACACAAUACAUCACUUUUACUGUGAUAUUAUGCCACUGUUAAAGAUUUCCUGUACUGACCCUUCUCUGAAUUACCUAAUUGUUUUUAUUUUUUCUGGUUCAAUCCAAGUAUUCACUAUUUCAACUAUUCUAGGCUCUUACACAUUUGUACUGUUUACAAUUUUAAAAAAGAAAUCUGCUAGAGGCAUAAAGAAAGCGUUCUCCACCUGUGGAGCCCAUCUCUUAUCUGUGUCUCUAUACUAUGGCUCUCUUCUCUUCAUGUAUUUGCUUCCUGCAUCUCAGAAAGUGCAGGGUGAAGACAUGAUGGACUCUGUGUUCUACACUGUCAUAAUACCUGUGAUGAAUCCAAUUAUCUACAGUCUGAGAAACAAGCAAAUCAAAGACUCGCUGGAGAAAAUCUUAAAGAGAAAUGUUUAG